AUGGAGAUCCGAAGUCGUUACCCUCAUUUCAAAGACGUAAAACUGGUUUAUGUUGGAGAACCAACCAUCCUUAUUGGAGCGGGAAACCAAUGGCUACACUUACGUCUCGAUGAAAGACUACCUCCUGUUGGAACCGACGCUCCCUUUGGUUUAUUGACGCCAUUUGGUUGGACUUGCGUUGGCGAUCUAACAUUAGGGACGCAGCAGCAUGAUUCAACGGUUUGUCGUUCAAACAAACCACUGAUGUCGGUGCAAAAACUCUGCUACCUUGUACAAGAAUCACCGACGGAAGCACUACUUUUACGUCAAGUCGAGAAAUUGUGGGAAACGGAAAGCUUUCCAAUUGUAACUCCGGUUCAACCACUAGAAUUAACCGAGGAUAAACUAGCGAUGAAGAAAUUCGAUGCAACUAUUCAAUUCGACGGAACCAGGUAUGAAGUAGGUCUACCAUGGGUUUCAGAAGAUAUCGCAUUACCCGACAAUUACAAUAGUGCAUUGCGUCGACUUUUCUCUAUCGAAAACAAAUUUGUUCACAAUUCUAAUUUUGCUGAGAGAUACAAAGCCGUAAUCGAUGACUAUUUGGAAAAGGGAUUCGCGCGGCCUCUCAAAGAAAGUAAAUUGAAGGGCACUUUUGGGAGAAAGUGCUACCUUCCCCAUCAUGGAGUCGUAAAUCCUCGAAAACCCGAAAAGGUUAGGGUGGUCUUCGACGCUUCGGCAAACUUUCAAGGAGUUGCGCUCAACGAAGUGCUCUUAAAGGGUCCCAAUCUCAUCAAUGACAUAGGUGCUACCCUUCUACUCUUCAGAGAAAAGUCGGUGUCCCUAUCUGGGGAUAUUCAACAAAUGUUUCUUCAAGUUGGCGUGAAGAAAGAAGACCGUUCCGCCCUACGAUUUCUAUGGCGUCUACCUGGCUCUCGAAAAAGACCCACCGUAUAUGAAAUGCAGCGACAAAUCUUUGGAUCAGUUUCAUCCCCUUUCAUCUGCUCCCAAGUCCUUCGACAUAUUGCUGACCUACAUCGUGAAGAAUUUCCUGAAGCUGCUGAACGAUUCUACAAGAACUUCUAUGUAAAUAACCAUCUGGAUUCUUUUUACACCGAAGAGGAAGCUAGUCGUGUGGUCAAAGAUUCUACAGCAUUGCUAAAAAAGGGAGGAUUCCACCUGAACCAAUUGCUCUCUUCAUCUCGACGGGUAUUGUCAUGUGUACCAGAAGGUGAUCGUAAUCAGCCUCGCCUGAAUUUGGAUCUAGAGGAUUUGCCCGCGGAGAGAACCUUAGGGGUUUUAUAUGACAGCAAAAGUGACAGCUUCAUCUUUGAUGUUAAAACCGACGUCGAAGCGAGUACUAAGCGUCGGAUCUUGAGUGCUGUGUCUACCUUGUAUGACCCACUGGGGUUUUUAUCACCAGUGAUCCUUAGCGCCAAAAGAAUUCUACAAGAAUUGUGGCCUGUCGGUGUUGACUGGGAUGACCAAGUUCCCGAAGUAAUUCAACACCAGUGGAACAAGUGGACUACUAAUCUUAGCCAGCUCGAAGCGUUCAAGAUCCCGCGAGCUCUAAAUUCGUCUAGUGACAUCCAAGACAUUCAGCUGCAUGCCUUUUGCGAUGCAUCCACCGUUGGGUUUGGCUCUGUGGUAUAUCUACGAGUAACCUAUCGCAACAAUAUCGUCGCCGUAAAUUUCGUUACAUCAAAGUCCCGCGUGGCACCCCUUCUUCCGCUGACCGUUCCGAAAUUAGAACUCCAAGGAGCAGUUGUGGCACUACGCCUUGUGAAGUUCGUCCAAUCGACCCUUCGUAUCCCCAUCAAUCAAAUCAUCUAUUGGUCUGACUCUAAAACUGUCUUUCAGUGGAUAGCCUCAAAGACAUGUCGCUUUCAGACGUUCGUCGCAAAUCGAAUAUCCGAAAUCUUAGAGCAUUCUCAACCAUCUGAAUGGAGACAUGUCCCAGGUAUCGAAAAUCCAGCUGAUGAGUGCAGCAGAGGACUUUUUCCUGAUGAGAUGAUGGAGAAUUACCGUUGGGUUAAUGGCCCAGACUUCUUGCAGCAAGAAGAAAACGCCUGGCCGAUAAGCAUUAAACUUCCCGAACCUUCUGUCAAAAAUCCAGAGGUAUCAGCCACCAACUGA